UUCUUUCGUGCACGCCAGCUCUCUUCUUUCGCGCGCCUUAUCAGCUCCAUAUAUACUCACACGAAGCAUUCCUCUAGUAUCAGAAUCCUUGCUCUCUCUCUCCCUCUAUCUCUCUCUCUCAACACAGACGCAAACGCACAACACAAAACCUAGCUCAACACUCUCUAAUAUGGAAGCUGGGGGAAUUCCAGAGUGUUUGAAGGAUAAGAACAUCCUGGUUACUGGGUCUACUGGUUUCUUAGCAAAGAUUUUUGUGGAGAAGGUGCUUAGGGUUCAACCCAAUGUUAAGAAGCUCUUCCUAUUAGUGAGAGCCGUGGAUAACACGUCAGCCAUGCGUCGUGUGCAGACUGAGGUGAUAGGGAAGGAGUUAUUUAAGAUUUUGAAAGAAAGCCAUGGAAAUGGUUUUCAUUCGUUUAUUGCAGAGAAGCUGUUUCCAAUAGCAGGAGACAUCAUUCAUGAGAACCUAGGGAUAAGGGACUCUGAUCUCAUAGAAGAACUCUGGAAGAAAAUUGACAUUGUCGUAAACGUUGCUGCAACCACCAACUUUGAUGAGAGAUAUGAUGUGGCUUUGGAUGUCAACGUCUUUGGAGCUAAGCAUGUUUUGGAAUUUGCAAAGAAAUGUGUAAAACUUGAAAUGCUCCUCCAUGUUUCCUCCGCUUUUGUAUCUGGUAUGAAAGAAGGACUAAUAUUAGAGAAGCCAUUCCAUAUGGGUCAAACACUCAAAGAGAACUCCUACUUGGAUAUCGAAGCAGAGCUACAAUUAGUAGAAGAAAAAAAGAGAAAACUCCAUGCCAACAAAUCAAUGGAGGAUGCCGAAGAUACAGCCCUGAAGGAAAUGGGCAUGAAGAGGGCAGAGUUUUUUGGAUGGCCAAACACCUAUGUCUACACAAAGGCAAUGGGGGAGAUGUUGCUUGGGCACUUGAGAGGAGACUUGCCACUUGUUAUACUGCGCCCAACUAUGAUAACAAGCAUUUACAAGGAACCCCUGCCUGGCUGGAUAGAAGGAACAAGGACCAUUGAUAGCCUGAUCAUUGGUUACGCAAAGGGAAAGCUCUCAUGCUUUUUUGGAGAACCUGAAUUGGUUAUGGAUGUGGUCCCUGGAGACAUGGUGGUGAACGCUAUGAUUGUGACCAUGGCAUCUCACCUAAAUCAGCGAUCGAAAUUCAUCUACCAUAUGAGCUCCGGGGUGAGAAAUCCAGUCACAUACGCAAUUCUAGAGCAAUGUGGGUUCCGUUACUUCCUCGAGAACCCUCGGGUAGGAAAAGAUGGAAAAACCAUUAAGACAAACAGGAUGUCUGUCUUCAGAACAAUGUCCGCCUUCCAUGCAUACGUGACCCUACGAUACAGGCUGCCAUUGGAAGUACUGCACCUGGUUAAUCUGAUAUUUUGCCGGUUGUUCGACCGUCGUUACAAGGAGCUAAGCCGGAAGUUUAAGUUUAUGAUGCAUCUUGUUUAUCUUUAUUCUCCAUAUGCCUUCUUCAAGGGAUGCUUCGAUGACAUUAACUUGGAAAGGCUGAGGAUGACCAUGAUGAAGGACAACGUCGACGCUACUUUGUUCAAUUUCGAUCCCAAGAGCAUCGACUGGAAGGACUACUUCUAUAGGGUUCACAUCCCCGGGGUGCUAAAGUAUGUGUGCAAGUAAACUACCAUGAAAAUACAAAAUUACAUGGAACGUGAAGCUCUAUGUCUUCGAUCUUUCCUUUUCUCCCUUGUCAUCAAUUGUAACAGUAAACGUUGAUGUCGUAGAAAUGUUUGUAAAUCAUCUUCUCCACUCCGACCAGAGAAGAAGAUGCUGUUAUAUUGUUGUUUUGUGGUACAUGCCAAGCCAUUUGAAGGUGUGCACGAUAUUUGUAGACAAUGUGUUAACUGAUAAUUCGCCAUGGGCAGAAAUAUGAAGUGAAUAAAUGAAGAAGGAUUCAUAAAGUUUGACAUAUA